AUGGUUCUUUAUUAUGGCCUGUUGGCUCUUGAGACAGCCAACAACACGGUCGCUACAGCCGCUGCUGCAAAAACAACAACAAAAACAAUGCCUGAAAUAGCAUAUGAUCGAACAAAUCUAUCACGGAAACAGAAAUAUUUAUCAAAUUCAAUUGGAAAAAUCCCUUCAUCCUCACUAUCAUCAUCAAAUUCAUGGAUUUAUACAGAAGAUUUAAGGAAACGCUUUGAAGAACGUUAUGCGGACUAUCGUUAUGUAUUUGUACCGGUUUAUAUUGAUCGUAAAUCGGCUGCUCAUAGUCUUAGUACCACAGCUAUUCUAUCUCAAAAUGAUCACGAAAAUUCUUGGAUUUAUUCAAGAUCACUUCGCGAUCAUUUAUUCUAUUCAACAUCAAAAAUGUCUCUACCAUUAACAACGAAUCGAUCAUCAUCAGCUAGUUGUGUAACAAAUCAUGGAUUUACACGUGAUGAAUUGCCGACUAGAAAAACUUUAAAAUCAAGAUUUUUCAAACGUCUAUCAUCGACACAAGACAAAACGGCAACAACGAAUUUGUCAUUGCCAUCGUUACCAUUUAGUUCAUUCACUUCAUCAAUAUCACCGUUUUCUACAAAUAAUUUAGUAAAACAUCGUACAAGUGAUGUUGUUGAAGAAGAAGAUGAUGAAGGUGUCGAUGAUGAAAAUCAUUCGGCCCCACUUAUCAAACAUGGUUCUAUGGUACCAUCAUCAUCAUCAAUGUCACGUACAAUAGCUGUAUCAUCUACACGCAGUAAUACGAUGAUCAAUCCAACAACUACUGAUGCAUUACCAUUAUCGACUAUGCCUUCAUCGAAGACAAAACUAUCAGUAAAACGUCCUACUAAACAGAACAAUAAAUUGACACGUCUACGCUCGUUUUUCUUCAAGUCAUUUUCGCCAUCGUCUUCCUUUUCUCAUACUCAACAGCAGCAGCAGCAGCAGCAGCAGCAGCAGCAACAACAACAACAACAGACAACAUUAUCAUCCUCGUCGCUGGCUAAUCGAAUCCCGAGGACAUGA